CGAAGUAUCCCAGGCCCAACUCGGUAUUUUCUGAGAGAACCAACCGCUCUGGUUCUGGUGGAUUUUGCUUGUGUUCUGUUCUGUGUUUGUAUCGCCCUCUGCGUCUUCCACAAAGAAAUGCAAAGUUCCCUUCGAUUCCAAGCUUCGAACCCAGGCUUCGUUGUUCCGCACACGAAGCACGCUUUUGCCACCAACAUUGUCUCACUCCGUACCCUCCCCUUCACCAAACGCCGUUCCCUUCCCCAACCCCUGUGCUCCCUGUCCGUACAACCCUCGCAGCACACCUCCACCGUUGGAUCGCCGUCGCUUCAACACUGGAACCUCACCAGUCGCCACGUCACCGCUCUCAACGUCUUCGCCUGUGCGACGGCGAUAUGUGCAACGUGGCUGUUUUGCUCUGCGAUUCCGGCGCUUCUGGCUUUCAAGAGAGCAGCAGAAUCGAUGGAGAAGCUGAUGGAUGCCACGAGGGAGGAACUUCCCAACACCAUGGCCGCAAUUCGAUUAUCCGGCAUGGAAAUCAGUGACUUAACCACUGAGCUCAGUGAUAUAGGCCAAGAGAUUACGCAAGGUGUUAGAAGUUCCACUCGUGCAGUUCGGUUGGCAGAGGAGAGGCUUCGCCGCUUGACUACUGUGCCUUCUUCUUCUUCUUCAGCUUCGUUGCAGGGGAAGAUCAAUCUGAAAGCUGAGGAUGAUGGGCCUGUGAUAGCCAGAACCGCGAGGGGGGUAAGAGAGGGUAUUCUCAAGGGUCGUGCUAUUUUGCAAAUGUUUUUCACACUCACCCGAUUUUCGAGGUUUGCUCUCAACUUUAUCACUGGUCGUAGAAAAUUAUCAAGCUAGCAUCUCUUAGAAUUUAGGUUUUAGUUGUUGGAUUUGUUAUACAAAACGAGCCACUAUUUCGCCGCCCCACCACCUCUCUUCUCUACUUGUGUAUUGAUCUUCUACUUGUUCCUUCAUGGAUCGGAAUUGGAUGGUUUAGUUGUGCAGUUUUGCUGUUUUCUCGUCAUUCGUCAUUAAAUACUGCAAAGUGUCGUUUCCCUGUAGAUUACUCAACGGGGUGUAAUAUGACCAACAAUUUGGUAACCAAAUUCUAACAUUGAUGCUUCAUCCUUGCUUUUA